AGAAAUGCUUGCUAUAUUCUCAUACAUGACAAUGGGAGCAAUUGGUUCUGCGUUGCUGUGUGGUUUUGUAUAUGAUUAUCAACGUAAAAGAUACGCCAAUGCUGGUAAAAUCAAGCGUGUUUACAUUCCUGUAGUGCUACCGAUGUGUUUGGUCAUCUUCUACUCUGUAGGCACUACAAUACUCUGCUAUAUCAAACACGAAGUCGCCCCGUAUUUUGCAUUUGUACUGUUCACCUUAUUCCGGACGUCGUUGUUUACCGUGGCCGUGGCUUUUAUUGGCGAUGCAUUUCCAUUGGACUAUUUUGGUGUGUUGCUUGGCUUUAUGCAGCUAUCAGCGGGAAUAGCCGGUCUUGCACAGAACCCAUUGUUCCAAUGGUAUGACGCCUACGACGGAUCUUAUAUGCAUGUUAAUAUUUUGCUGCUUGCUCUCGAAGUGUCCACAGUGAUCCAUCCUAUAUUCCUGUAUAUGAAAGGUCGUCGGGACAAAGGUGACGGUAGUGGCAGUGUUUAUAGACUAGAUUAUACGAUUGACGUACCGACGACGGCGUGAACAACCAGUUACCGUUUAGUGUAACAGAUUCCAGGCCAAAUAGAAACGUGUAGUUAUAAACCGGUGCAAACUCAGCCUCAAUCCUAUCACAUUAAUAUAUGUUUGUAUGUAAUACAUAUUUGGAAAUAAACAUUGUUAUAACCAAAAACCGUUUAAAUAGUGUAUAGAAUCUUAAUCGU